AUGAAAAAAGUGGGACUGGAGAUGCACCAGAAGAACCUGUGCCCAAGAAAGGAGCUGUGUCUGCAGUUUGGAAGUAUUUAUGGUCAGAACUGGGGUGUGAAAUAUCCUGACAGUAUCUGUGUACUGAAGGGUUCAUCAGUAACCAUGUCCUGCUCCUACACAUAUCCCAAUGAUAAUACAGUUGAAAGAACUUUCUGGACAAAAGGUGAUGGUUCUGACGCCCCUGAUUUGUCUGAAGACCCAGGUUAUAAAGGCAGGGUUCAUUACCUUGGAGAUAAACAGUCAGACUGUACCGUGCAACUGAUUCAUGUGACUCAGACAGAUUCAAGGAUGUAUCGAUUCAGAUUUAUUACAGAUAAGGCUUACAAGUGGCUUGGUCAACCUGGAGUUACACUGUCAGUUACAGAUUCUCCAAAGAAGACCAAAGCGAUAGUCAGUCCCUCUGAUGAAAUAGUGGAGGGUAGUUCAGUGACUCUGACCUGCAGCAGUGAUGCUAAUCCACCAGCCACCUACACCUGGUUUAAGAAGAAUGAAACUGUCACUAUAGGAAAACAAAAAACCCACAGGAUCAACAAUAUCAGCUCUGAGGACAGUGGAGAAUAUCACUGCAAGUCCAGUAAUCAACAUGGACAUCAGUAUUCAAAUGCUGUAUCUCUAAAUGUUUUAUAUUCUCCAAAGAAGACCACAGUGUCAGUCAGUCCCUCUGGUGAAAUAGUGGAGGGCAGUUCAGUGACUCUGACCUGCAGCAGUGAUGCUAAUCCACCAGCCACCUACACCUGGUUUAAGAAGAAUGAAACUGUCACUAUAGGAAAAGAAGAGACCUACAGGAUCAACAAGAUCAGCUCUGAGGACAGUGGAGAAUAUCACUGCAAGUCCAGUAAUCAACAUGGACAUCAGUAUUCAAAUGCUGUAUCUCUGAAUGUUUUAUAUCCUCCAAAGAAGACCACAGUGUCAGUCAGUCCCUCUGGUCAAAUAGUGGAGGGCAGUUCAGUGACUCUGACCUGCAGCAGUGAUGCUAAUCCACCAGCCACCUACACCUGGUUUAAGAAGUCAGUCAGUCCCUCUGGUCAAAUAGUGGAGGGCAGUUCAGUGACUCUGACCUGCAGCAGUGAUGCUAAUCCACCAGCCACCUACACCUGGUUUAAGAAGAAUGAAACUGUAACUAUAGGAAAAGAAGAGACCUACAGGAUCAACAAGAUCAGCUCUGAGGACAGUGGAGAAUAUCACUGCAAGUCCAGUAAUCAACAUGGACAUCAGUAUUCAAAUGCUGUAUCUCUGAAUGUUUUAUAUUCUCCAAAGAAGACCACAGUGUCAGUCAGUCCCUCUGGUCAAAUAGUGGAGGGCAGUUCAGUGACUCUGACCUGCAGCAGUGAUGCUAAUCCACCAGCCACCUACACC